AUGGCGACAACUCUAUCGGCAAGUUGUACUUCGACCCAAUCAAGAGUUGUGGCAAAUUGUGUUACUCAGGACUCGACACCUCCAAAGAGGUCGGCCAUCUCUGGCUUCUGGGCUCUAUACAGUCGUUGGACUAAUUUGCAGGAAAACGAUAAAACAAUUAACGUAACGCUUCGGAUGGUAAUCGAUGGCGUGAGUCCACUAGCGAUCUCAGCUCAGGCACAGUUACAAUGGCCUAAACUUAUUAAUAAAAAGCUUAUAAAGUUUCCCAUCACUCGAGUCGGGAAUAUAACUGUAAGUCAUAAU